CAGCCGAGAGGGGGCGUGGCCGCGGCCGUGGCCGGGCCGGAGGCGGCGUCGCUGGCGCCGCUGCGUGCGGUGUGCUGCGGGGCGGGGGCGCCGGGCGGCCGCGGCGCGGUGGGACCAUGGAGCUCGGAGCGCAGCCCCGGGGCCGGCGGCGGAAUCGCGGACCGUUUUAAUUUUGAUUGCUGUACUAUUGAUAUCUGAGCCAAAGUGGUGAUGCUACCUGAGGGGAAUUUCUGCAACCCGUAAAUCAGCAGUUAUACGAUUGUGAGCCAUGCCUUUAGUGAAGAGGAACAUCGAACCCCGGCACUUGUGCCGGGGGGCCCUGCCCGAAGGGAUUACCAGUGAACUUGAAUGUGUAACCAAUAGUACUCUUGCUGCUAUCAUACGCCAGCUAAGCAGUCUAAGCAAACAUGCUGAAGACAUAUUUGGUGAGCUGUUUAAUGAGGCUAACAACUUCUACAUCAGAGCAAAUUCUCUUCAAGACAGAAUUGAUCGUCUUGCUGUCAAAGUUACCCAGCUGGAUUCAACAGUGGAAGAGGUGUCACUACAGGAUAUCAACAUGAAAAAAGCUUUCAAAAGUUCCACAGUCCAAGACCAGCAGGUGGUUUCAAAGAACAGCAUUCCUAAUCCUGUUGCUGAUAUUUACAACCAGAGCGAUAAGCCACCUCCUCUGAAUAUUCUUACACCGUACAGAGAUGAUAAAAAGGAUGGGCUGAAGUUCUACACUGAUCCUUCCUAUUUCUUUGACCUUUGGAAAGAAAAAAUGCUGCAGGACACAGAGGACAAAAGGAAGGAGAAGAGGCGUCAGAAGGAGCAAAAGCGUAUAGAUGGCACAACCCGGGAGGUGAAAAAGGUUAGGAAGGCCAGAAACAGGCGCCAGGAGUGGAGUAUGAUGGCAUAUGACAAAGAGCUUAGACCCGACAACAGGCUGUCUCAGAGUGUGUACCACGGAGCGUCUUCCGAGGGAUCCCUGUCCCCAGACACUAGGUCGCAUGCAUCAGAUGUCACGGAUUACUCUUACCCAGCGACUCCCAACCACUCUCUGCACCCGCAGCCCGUGACCCCUUCUUACGCAGCCGGGGACGCGCCACCACACGGGCCAGCAAGCCAGGCCCCCGAGCAUGAGUACCGACCCCCCUCUGCCUCGGCGCGGCACAUGGCCCUAAACAGGCCCCAGCAGCCACCGCCGCCACCCCCACCACAGGCCGCAGAGGGGUCCCAGGCCUCCGCACCCAUGGCACCGGCGGACUACGGGAUGCUGCCAGCACAGAUAAUUGAGUAUUACAACCCCUCAGGACCUCCUCCUCCACCACCACCCCCCAUGAUUCCUUCAGCACAAACUGCUUUCGUCAGCCCCCUCCAGAUCCCCAUGCAGCCCCCCUUCCCUGCCUCUGCCGGCUCCUCCUACGCCACUCCUCCUCACCCUCCCACCGCUGGGCUCGUGGUCACAGCCCCACCACCUCCAGGCCCACCGCCUCCUCCACCGGGCCCUCCUGGUGCAGGCUCUUCUCGCUCAUCCUCCCCGAUGCAUGGCCCCCCUGCAGCUGAGGCGAAGCGCCCAGAGACAGCACAGCCCCCCAUAAGUGACGCUCGAAGUGAUCUUCUUGCUGCCAUUCGAAUGGGGAUUCAGUUGAAAAAGGUGCAAGAACAGCGCGAGCAAGAGGCCAAGCGGGAACCGGUCGGGAACGACGUGGCCACUAUUCUGUCCAGACGCAUCGCCGUGGAGUACAGCGAUUCCGACGACGACUCUGAGUUCGACGAGAACGACUGGUCCGACUGAGGCGGCGCGCGUGCACAGCAGGGCCUCCAGGGGCCACGUGUCGGAAAUGUCUUGAAAAUUUUAAGUGGUCCCAACACCCACAUAGUGGUAUUAUAAUCCUGUAGCGUAGCAACUUUUGUAUUAAUAAUGUGAUAUUGCUUUUGCACAUCCAAAAAUUCUGGGUUUUUUCAGUAUUUACUGUGUAAUAAUACUUAAGUGCCACUAAACAUAGCAAAUUGUGCUGCACCCGAGGAAAUACGCUGUAACUAUCGCAUUGUCCUGAAAACAGCCUCUUGCUUCCUUUUUCUUGGCCACGAGAGUACUUCGUGCAGUUUGGGUCUCCUCUUCCUGAUCACUGUAAUUCCGCAGACUUGCCGUGUGUUUGUGAAGCUGCCUGGUGUUAGGUCUUUGCAAGAUUAACGACCAUGUGUCAGAGUGACGUCUUCCAGUCAGUGAUACCGUUUCGCCCUUUCUGUUCCUUCGUUUCUAACGUGUUUCCCAAGAAGUUGGCUCUCGGGGAAAGAUUUAACCAGUCAGGGGCAUCAAACGUUGCUGCUUCCCGUUCCUUAGCCCGGCCGCCCGUGUGUGAAUCGGAACGUUCCGUGAGAUGCGUUCGUUCCCGCGGCACGCUCUGGUGAACCGUGAACCUGGAAGGCGCUUCCGGGGCAGGGUUCCCUGCGGGCGCUCCCUUGGUGGAUGGUUGGCGGGGAUUCCGGAAGGGGCUCCAGCGGCUGCGCGGUCACGAGUGCGGAGAACGGGGUGCUUGCUUUUCCUUCCGGGGCCCCCGGGGCUGACCCUGGGAACCCCUGAGUCCCUAGAGCCCCGGGGGGCCAGCCUGCCGGCACAACACAGCGGGGGUGGGGGGCACCGGGUGCGGAGGAGCCCCUCACCCCGGCCUCUCCUGGAGCCGCGUCCUAAGUUCCCCACUCCUCAGCGCGCUCCGGAGAGCGCGCCCCACGCCCCUCGCCCCACUUGGCCUGAAUUUCACAAAGCUUAGAUUGUCGGUGGAAGUAGAUGCUGACAGCUAUGCGCUUUUCCUGGUGCUGUGGCCAGAUUAGGGAUCCAUCACCCAAGCAGGGCCUCGGCCCUACUCCUAGAAGCACACGGUUCUCUUUUCUCACGGUGUCGUCGGCACGUUCAACUGUGAAAAGUACCUCAGAUGAGACGAGGCGUGUAGCUGUUCCAGAUCACGUUCCCUUCCCCGCACGCUUCCUGCUGCACUCCCCGCACGGCAGUUCGGAGACCUCCGGGCUUCACCUUCCUGGCGAAAGCGGAGCCGCGGGAGGCUCACGGCGGGCAGCCCGGCUCUUGUCAUUUUGGGAGGAAGGGUAGCUGCUUGUUCAGAAUCCGUGAACGCCCCCAGGCUUCGACUGUAGACACGACUUCACAAAUAUACUGAGACACUCCACUUCCUAGGGACUGUCACCUACGUGCAGCAUUUCAAACGGACCGGUUAUUUGUGACUCCCAGUCAUGGUGAAGGAGGCUUUAGCUCAAAACAGUUGUCUGGUUCAUGGCAGUCAUCUAAACAGGACCGUGGCCAGUGGAUUUUUGUUAAUGAGUCCUGAGGACUUCAGCAGGGACCCCAAACCACAUCCAUGUGUCCCCUAGUGGACACCGAUUUGGCUUAUGGACGGUCAUCAGAUAAAGCCCAUCGUUGGGUUUUAGUCACAUAGAUUCUGAAACUCGGAAAAGCCUAAUGUCUGCCUCCCCUUCCCGAGACCAUGCUGCUUCUAUCAGUUUACCGGAGUCUUCUCAGCUGCACUAGCUGUUGGGACACGUGCUUCUCGGGUUUCCGUUUCCUGGAGCUAGUCACCAUAAUUUUACUGAAUUUAAGUGGUAGUUAUUAGUGGACUUUUACAUUUCUUUCCUUGAUUCCCCCAUCACCCCCCCCUUUUUUUUUUCUUUCAGCAUAAAGGCCUACUGUGUUGGCAUUAUUCUUGGGACUUUUACCAUUUGUAGUCUGAUUUCAUCGUUAUUACAGUAUUUUGUUUUAUUGUUACUUUUCAGUUAGGAAUUCCUUAUAUAAUUCUAGAACAUCUAUUUGGUAACAGUUCUUUGUUUUUUAUGUCCCUUCUGUUCUCAGGAUGAAGAGAACACCUAAAGCUACUAUCCAUGUCAGGAUUUCUUCUAUUUAUAUCUUAUUACAGUAAAAUUACUGGCACUUUAUUCAUAAAUAUUCAUAAGCCUAUUAAUUAUUAGUUGUCUUCCUGUAGUUUAAUCAACAAGUUAUUUUCGACUUGAUUUUCCUACUAGUGAAAAGCUUUUGCCCUAAUGUGUUGCGUAGCCUUUAAAAUGGAAUGGAAAAGGACUAAAAUUCAAUUUAGAUUAUUUUUGCAGUAUUUUUCUCAGCAAAUCUGAUUUAUUCUAAAAUUAAAUCCAGACUUUUUCUAAUGUGCUGUUACAUGAAAAGGAAAAAGUGAAUAUUUUGAAUCUUCAGUUUUCGUUUUCAAAAAGUAUUUACCGAAACAAAUGGAGAAGGACAUUUAAAAGCCUAUUUCGUAUCUAUGGAUUUUACAUCUUAAAGUAGUAGUUAUAUUUUAAAUUUUAAUUUUAAAUCUCUCAGUUUUUCCCCUCCAUGUGUAUUUUAGAUUAAUUUUUUACAAGCAUUUUUCUCAUAUCAUAGGUUAGACAGAGGGAAUGAGAAGGUUACUUGGUACCACACUUUAACUACACAGACACAAUGUGAUUGGUUUUCCAUUAUUAACCCCAAACGAUGAGAUUUGGUACGCUUAUGUUUUUCUUUAGUGGAAGUAUAUGGUUAGAAAAUUAACAUUUUCAUUUCAGUAAAUUUUUAGAAUAUCAAAAUCUUUUCUGAGCACCAAGUGGCUAGGUUGUGAAAGUUUUGUAAUAAUUUGCAACUGGAAUACAUGAUACAUUUUAAUCCAUUAAAGACUAGUGGGAAUGUAUCAGCCAGAGUAGCAAGUAAUUUUUGUUUUAUAAAUCAGAGUAUCUGUCACCUUGCAGUAUUACCAAUGCUGUUGUAAAUUGAAUUUAAAGUGGUAUUAAAAAAAAAACACACACCUCCUGUUAAACAAUUUUUAUCUGUUUGUAUAUCUUACUAUAGAUUAUGUACAAGUAACAUCUAAAUAAAAUUACACUUUUAACCCUAAAA